AUCACCUGAUCAUGUGAAGGCACCAUUAAUUAAUUACACCUGUGUUUACUCUGCAAUGACAUGUCAGCAUGGCUGCUGUGAAAAGAGUACACAUUCUGGGACAGUUGACAAACUUAUCAUCAUUCUACAAAAUGAAAUGAUUACGUGAUGCGGAAAAGGUAGAGGAUAAACCUGUAGAGAGAAGCCACUGGCUAACUCUGGUGGAUGCAGUUUGACCAACAGGUAACGGACAUGUUGCAACCUGCAGAAGUGUUCAACACCAAGCCCCGUCGUCUCCUGCUGCGAUCAUCAAAAUAGCCAUUGUGUCAAGCCCUGGAUACUCCUGCAUCAUUAGCAGCCGUAGGGGAAUGUGCUAUAUAUAUCUUAAGAGUUGGGUCUAUAAAAGGAGAGAGAGGGAAGAGCCAACUCACCUCCACCUCCUGAAGACCCAUGAGCAGGAAAAUGUUUGCAUUUCUGAUUUGCAUCUUGACGCUGCAGCAGGUGCACUCUGCCUGCGUUGUGCAAGACAUUUGCACAGAAAACAAAACGGUGCAGGCUGAGAUCAUCGACCAUCACAAUGCCUUCAGGAGAGCGGUUCAGCCUACUGCUUCGGACAUGCUGAUAAUGAGCUAUAGUGAGGAGGUAGCAGCCAGUGCUCAGGCCUGGGUUGACAAGUGUAUUCUGGCUCAUGGAUCACCCAGCACCCGCAUGCUCGACGGAUAUGAAUUAGGUGAGAAUCUGUUCUAUUCAUCCUCACCUACCUUGUGGAAGGACGUCGUCAAUGCCUGGCACAGCGAGGUUUCACGCUACCUGUAUCCCAAAGGCUCCAGGAACGGCCAAGAGACUGGUCAUUACACACAGGUGAUCUGGAACAGCUCCUACAAAGUUGGCUGCGGAGUGACAUUGUGCCCUAACAACGUCUAUUUCUAUGGCUGUCAUUAUUACCGAGCAGGAAACUUCAAGGGAUGGCCACCUUAUAAGCUCGGAUCCCCGUGUGCUUCCUGUCCCGAUCACUGUGAAGACAAACUCUGCACCAAUCCCUGUCCUUAUAUAAACAAAUUCAUCAACUGUCCAGCAAUGAAAGACACGACUGGAUGCGGCAAUAAGUAUGUGUAUGGCUGGUGUCCUGCUUCAUGCAAAUGCACAGAUGAAAUCAUUCCAAUAUAUUGAAGAUAAGUCUGCAAAUUGUAAACUGUUCAGACUUUUUACAACUUUGUUGUUUCUCUGUCUAUGAAGCAAGCAGCUACUGUAACUGUAAUCAAUUUCCUGUAAGCUUAUAAUAAUAUAACCAUGACACAAGCAAAGAACAUGUAUCUGGGAAACAUGUGGUUUAGUGCUGAUUAUCUUAAGUUAAAGGGAUGUUUUGGGAGUGUUUUAGAAUAUUAAUCUCGAAUCAAAACCUUCAUCGGAGAUUUGUGAAAUAUUCCCAGUGUUGGAUGCACAUCAUGUUGGAUUUAACCUGCAGGAGCAGCAGGAUGUCAUAUACUGUAUUUAGGAGGGGAUGCAUCCCACUCAGUGUUAUGAAUUGUAGAAAUGUAUCAAUACAAGCAGGAAAUACAGUUUUACUGUUAUUCCACCCAAAACCCAAGAUAAUAUAAAUCAGAAAUGUUAAUUCUACACAUAAUCAGACAAUAAAGACUUUAUAACAUGAA